UGUUCUCUCUCUCAAACGUCUCCUGGUGCUGCUGCUAACACAUGCUGCUGCUCUCUCUGCAGGCUUGUGGCUUGGGAUUCCUGCGGUAGUCACAAACCCUAGAUUCUUGGUUGCAAAUGGGGCUCUGAGCUCCAGGAGUUUCAUCCUCGCUCCUCUCUCUUUCUCGCACUUCACUUCAGCGUUGCAAAUCUCCCUUUUCUCCCUCCAAAAGGUCGGUGGAGAUCGACUGCAUCGACGGCUCCACGCUGCUCUGACUUCUCUGACAUGGCAUCCAACAGCAUCUUUGACUCCUUCUCCAACUACAGCAGCAGUCUACUCAGAGAGCCGCCCACCACCAGACGGUUCACGCCGCCCUCCACGUCCUUCCCCUGCAGCAAGAUUGGAGACAGCAACGGGGCCAUGGCCACCCCGGGGCCCCUCAGGACGAGACCGGACACCAGGAACGUGGUGGACGUCCUGGCGGACCACGCCGGCGAGCUGGUUCGGACCGACAGUCCCAACUUCCUCUGCUCCGUCCUGCCGUCUCACUGGAGGUGCAAUAAGACGCUCCCCGUGGCUUUCAAGGUUGUGGCCCUCGGUGAUGUCCCCGACGGGACUCUGGUCACCGUGAUGGCCGGAAACGACGAGAACUACUCGGCCGAGCUGAGGAACGCCUCAGCCGUGAUGAAGAACCAGGUGGCCCGCUUCAACGACCUGCGCUUCGUGGGCAGGAGCGGACGCGGAAAGAGCUUCACUCUGACCAUCACGGUGUUCACCGGCCCGCCGCAGGUCGCCACUUACCACCGCGCCAUCAAAGUCACAGUGGAUGGACCCCGAGAACCGCGCAGGCACAGAGUGAAAUUAGAAGACCCGCAGAAGAUGCAGUUCUCGGACAGGCUGUCAGAGAUCGAGCGCUACCAGCGAAGUAUGCGAUUAGGCCCGGUGAACAAUAAUCCUCGCCCCAUCCACCAAACCCACCUCAGUACCACACAAGCCCUGUGGCAAGAGCAAAUGGACACCCCCACUCUGAAGACAUGCAAGGUGGAGGAGGACCUGAGACCAUGGCCAGGGACUACAGAUCUCUUCCAACAGAGGACCACCUUCCCGUCUCUGUCACCGUUGACUGACCCUCGUUUCUCAGACCCCCGUAUGCACUACCCCGGGGCUUUCCCCUACUCCGCCAACACCUCCAGCACCGGCAUCAGUGGCCUCAGCAUGUCAGCCUCUUCUAGAUACCACACCUACCUGCCGCCCCCAUACUCAAACAACCAAAGCCAGAACUUCCAGUCCAACUCCUACCUGUAUUAUGGCACAGGCUCUGGAUCCUACCAGUUCUCCAUGGUGGCGCCAGGAAACACCGGGGGCGAGCGCUCCCCCACCCGCCUGCUGUCCUGCUCGGGGGCCACGGGCACAGGAGGGACCAACAGCCUGAUGAACCCGGGCCUAAACACCCAGAGCGAGGGUGUCGAGGCUGACGGAAGCCACAGCAACUCCCCCACUGCCAUGAGCGCCUCGGGCCGUCUGGAUGAGUCCGUCUGGAGGCCUUACUGACUGACAGACAGCUAGACAAUCGAGGGGUGCGGGAAGAAGAGUAAAGAGGGUGAUGAACAAAAAAAAAAAAGAUGAACACUGAAAGAAAAAAAACAAACAAAAAAAGAGAAAUGCUGCAUGUUUGUCUUCUAUUUCUCUGGCACUCGCUUUAAAGACUUUCUGCGUUUUACUGACUUUCUCAAGACUUCCAAGCAUUUCGUACAUUUUGAGUAAACUCCUGCACUGUGCUAAAACAUGUACUCGUAAAGGACUAAAAAGCCAUAAAAGUUGAGAUUAUGUUGAGCUAAAACUGUAAAUAGACACAAGGGUAAAACCAGAGAAGCCAUAGUGACCUAUCAGGAUCUGGUGUAAACAGGUACUCAAAGACAAAGAGACGAUGGCGGUAUGAUCAAUCAGUACAGCUGAUGAACUGAAAUACCAAAGUGGACAUUCAUCAAACAGACUGAUCCGACUCACUUGGUAGGUAGAGAAGAGCAGUCGGACUGGAUGUUUUCUCGUCAGGCGACAUCCCUCCAACAGCAUGGCUGCACUGCUGUAGCAAUCGGUCCUUCUAAGCUUUAAUAUCUGUACAAAUUUUGAUAUUGCAAACCAUUUUGUGUCAAUAUCGUCACUUGCAUCCAGGGCUGUUUCUUGUGCUCACCAUACUCAUGCAGUAAUUUAUUAUCCAAACGGACACAUUUAGCCUUUGGUACUAAACAUGCAGUGGAUGUUUCAACACAAUCGCUGGGAGAAAAGCAUUUUUUCUGUCAGGACUCACAUGUUUAAGAAAUGAAUUGUCUUUGCUGUGUCAUCAGUGUAUCCAGUUUCAACGAGACAAUGGCUGAGGAAUGUAAAAGACAAACACAGUGGGCUGAUUAUUGGUUUCUUUUUCUGCAGGACUAUUUAAGUCCUGUCUGUGUUCACUCUUCAUGUUUUCUUUGAUUUCUCUUUCAAGUCCUGGUCUGGUGUCUUUGAACUGGAUGACACAGUUUACUUUUGAUAUUUAUUUGAGCCAAAUUGUGAGGAAAUGUUGCGCAUAUACCCAAAAUCCUUAAGCAUUUCUCUCUAUCUUUCCUUUUUUAUAUAUAUAUAUACAGUAUAUAUGCCAUAUUUUGUUGUUGAGUAUAAAUUUGGAAUUUGUGUAAUAUAUUGCUACUAAAUUAUAAAAAAAAAAACAAAACCUUUAAUGUAAUUAUUUUGUCUUCCAAUGUAGCUUUGAUGCACUAAAACUUUUAUUCCUUAUGAACCACGCCCAACAGAUUCUGUUAGUGAGAUGGUGUAUCUAUAGCCGAAAUCUUUAAAACGACUUCCAAAUUGCCUUCCGCCGCUAAAUAAGCCAUUUGCUUGAUUUUUGCACUAUGUUUGAACUUUCAUUUCUCUUUUUUUGGUUAUGUAUUUACAAAUAGCUGAAACUCUGCCGAGCUAAAUAUGAAAUAUUCCUUCUCAUAUAUUUGCUGAACACACUGAAAGUGUCCUUUUAACAAAUCCUCCACCAAGUAAAUAAAGAUUUCAUGAUUAGACACACACGCACAUUCCUCCACCACAGGUGUGUGUGCACAUUCCCCCUAUCCAGAAGGGCCGUUCCCCUGCAGGUACACAUGUGAUCCCUCUAUCCCUGGAGGAGGAAGAGUGUGAGGAUGAAGGGAUAGAGGGAGGAGGUGGGGUCAGAGUGGUAUCUUCUUACUAACACCAAGGGCAGUAAUGCAAGAAAAAAAACAAAAAACAUCCCUUGUUGUGUAUUGGUCCCUUUGUUCUGUAUAAUCAGUGAAUGCUUUGAAGCCUUUAUGGCCCUGAUUCUGCCUCUGCCGGUCUAAUUUACUGAUCAGCAGUGCCAGGGGCUCAUGGCUGUGCCAAUAACUCACACGCCUGCACAGAUGAUCUGGGUAUGAGCUGUGCAAAGGCUUUUACAGCAGCUAUCAGGUGUCUUAUAUCUAAUAGAAAAGUCUUCCACAAGAACGAAGCAUUCAGUUCGGUAUUUAGUUGCUAUAAAAGUGAGAUUUAAUUUCAAAGUGAACAGUGAUCCAAAGAGGCUUGCAUUUGCAGCUCAGGUAAAAAAAAAAAAAAAGUUAUGCAAGGUGUUUAUAAAGGCCUCUCUGCCUUAUUCCUCUUUUUUAAACUUCAGUAUCAGUAAUGAUGUCUCAUUCCUAUCGCCCUUUGAUUUAGAGGAAAAGCCUUUAUACUGUAGAGGACCUUACUUUAUUAUGGGCAAAAAUCAUGCAGCUAGAGAAACCACAUGUGUAUUUAUAUUUGUGUGGUUCCUUCAAAAGAAAACCAAAGAUCUUCACAAACUGCCCGUAAUACUGUCAGUAUGUUAAUAAUGGGAAAGAUGUGUGGCAAACGAGUCAUGUGUUGAUAUCUAGUAUCAUUCUUUAUGCAAAACUAGGAAGCAAAAAAUGUACAUGUACAAAAUGAGUAGUAUUUUAUUGUAUAUUGGAUUAAAGAGCACAAUGUUAAUUUUUCCUUUUGUCUUCACAGGAUGUCACUUUCUCCUUUUCAUUUACCCAAAAUGUUAAUUCAUCUUGCUCCUUUUCAUUUCUCUUGAUGCUCAGAGCAUGUACAUCUGAAAAACUGAUGUUAAUUUAAGAAUCUCAUCUAUGUAUGUAAUGACAUUGUUAAUGCUUCCAUACUGAGUGCUUGUAAAGUUUGCGGAUAAUGUAGUUUUUAAU